AACGGAAGAAAACGGGACGAGGGCGAGACCUACCUGAAUGUGUCCAAUAGAAACUCUUGUUUUUGUUGCAAAACGCAACUUCUUGGACUAAUGGUUACACCCUGGUGAGGAAGAGGCGGUGUGCUUCUGAACAGACUAUUAGACCAACAAUACGAAAGCCCCCGCGGGAAUAGCCUACAGUCGCUGUCAUGAUCGGCAACUAGAGAAGUCCAGUCCAUUUCAGCGCAGGCCGUUUUUAUAAAGAGACUACUAGUUUUUAGAGAUUUACAUUUGCUAUAUGCCUGUAAGAGUACUGUAGUGCAGGAGAGUACACUUAGUGCUGCGUAGGCACAAUGAUGAGCUCCGAAGCGCUCCGGCCGACACAGAACUCCGGGCGCAAAGCGCUUGGUAAACUCGCCAGCAGGUUAGAAGAAGUGAAGAACCCAUGGCGACAAGGCUCGACGCUCGAACUCAGCCACAACGAGGCGGCCAGGUUGGCAACCGACGCUCUGUUGGAGUCUGGGGAGAAGGAAUACAGACGAGUUCUGACAGAGGAAAGGGAAUUAAAUUUUCUCUCGCCGCUUGAGAUUCAUUAUAUUACGGAGAAUGCAGCCAAGAACUGUAGCUCCGAAAACAGCUCAAAUGGCACCGAGGGGGACAUUGGGGAGGGGGAUACGGUGUCGGAGCUUACCUCGGGGACCUAUUUCCCAAUGAUGUCCGACGAAGAGCCACCUAUUCUGGAACUAGGGUGGCCAGAAAACCCCCAACGAUACGGACCCUCAGAAACACAGAUCUAUUUCCAAAGGGACAAGACUCACAAUGUGAAAGACCUCAUUCGGUCGUUAAUUAAUAAAGCAAAAAGGGUCAUAGCGUUGGUCAUGGACCUCUUCACAGACGUUGAUCUGCUGUGUGACUUGAUGGAGGCCUCGAACAAACGCAAGGUCCCUGUGUACAUUCUCCUGGAUGAGAAGAAUCUCAACUACUUUGUUGACAUGUGUGCAGCACUGGACAUCCAAAACUCUCACCUGGGUAACAUGAGAAUCCGCAGUGUGUGUGGAGAUACAUACUGCACUAAAAGUGGGAAAAAAUUCACCGGGCAGGUCCAGGAAAAGUUUAUGAUUAUAGACUGUGAGGAAGUCAUUGCUGGGUCAUACAGUUUCAGCUGGCUCUCAGCGCAGGUCCACAGCAACAUGGUGAUGCACUUCUCUGGGCAGAUCACUGAGAGCUUCGACCGAGAAUUCCGCUGCCUGUACGCUGACUCUCAGAUCAUUGACUGUUUCCAUAACCCAGAUGAGGAGGAUGUCUCUUACUACCCCAACCCUGUUACUGCGCCCAACAUGGGGCUAGACUUCUUCCCCGAGAGGUCACGGGAUAGGGAGAGGGUUCUGAGUUCAGAGAACUCCAGCAGCCAAUCCAGUUGCAGCAUGUCCAGCAUCAAGGCAGCACCUGGCAUGACCAAUACGGUUUACAAGGUCACUCAAGGUCAUGACAAGAAAGAGACCAGCAACUCUCACCUGAGCCCUGAGAGGAGAGGAGGGGCACUAACUCCCUCCCUUCAUAAUCAAACUGCCCAAGGCACAAGAGGCUCCACCAAUGGGACCAAUCACAGCCCAGUUACAGAGCACGCUUCCUCUGGGAUCGGCCAAUCGGUUGGGAUAGAGUGGUCCAAGUCCAUCCCCACAGAGUUCCGCCAACCAAACGUUGGCGGAACAACGUCCAAGUUUCAAACUCUUGGUUUAUACGACCAAAAGUCAAGCCUCUUCAACAAUAGCCCCAAGACACAGUCUCCAAUGCCGGACAGCAAACUCUCUGCCAAGCAGAGGACUACCUCCAACCCCGUCCUCAACAAGCUCACCGACCUCUUCCUCCCCCCAACCAAGAAGGACUUCCUCCCCACAACUGAGAAGGACACCUACAUCUUCAGGAGGUCUCCUCACAGCACAGCCUUUGGGGGGCCAGACCUCUCCCAGACAGAGCCGGAGAGCGAGCAGACUCCCCCGCCACCGCCCCCCAUGAUAAACCGGAAGGACCAGAAACGCAUGACCUUAGGCCACAGCAAACUUGACCUGGUCAACCACUACAACAAGAUGAAGUCCAAACAGGUGUACAGCAGGUUUGAGUUAAAGAAUAACAACUGAGGCUCUGCUGAGAAAGUACUUUACCUCCCCUACCCACAUCGCACUGGACAUCCAGGAAGCAGAGCACACCUUUUUGCCUUUUGUAGAGAACAUUAUAGCGGAGUGGCAUUUUGUACCUUAAUCCCCCUAUAGGAGUUUAGAGGAGGGUAGAGUACAGCCUGAAUUAGCCUGUUUACACUGAGUUGUAGUGAUAGCUUUUUAGCAUUUGCAUGUAGACAUUGAAGCUGUGGCGGUCCUGCCAAUAAGUGACAUGACAUAUUUUACUUAGGGUCCCCAAAAUGCUAGGGCAUUCAAUGACUGUGUAUUGUGUUCUUAUUUCUGUGUCUUUCACUAGCCAGUAAGGCUUUAAUGAUAUAAUAUUGUAUGAAAUUAGUUGUAAAUGGAGUUUUACUGGGGGUUUUUAAGAUGUGUUUUUACUUUUGAUCACACCUACUCAUUCCAGGGUUGUUCUUUAUUUUUACUAUUUUCAAAUGUACUAUUUUUACUAAUGUAGAAAAUAGUACAAAUAAAGAAAAAAGCUUGAAUGAGUAGGUGUGUCCAAACUUUUGACUGGUACUGUAUAUCUAUAAGUUUAAGUUAGUCUUUUAUAUAUAUAUAUACUUUAGGAUGAUUUGGUGCGAAAAUGAAAUGAGGGACUUCAUCAAAGUGAGGAUAUUAAUAGUGAGAUGUGCAAUGACAUUUUGUUUCAAUAUUUUAUUUAUUUCAUUAAAAUAAUAUACUUGAUUGAGAAAAUGAAUACCGUACUGUUUUAGACAGGGUAGCUGUGGUUCUGAUGUAGUUGUUGAGCACAAUGUGAACUUUCGUUUUAACCAUCGAUCAUGUGUAAAAAGUAGAAUAAAAUGUUUUUGUGUUGUGCCGGGCAUACACUACACGACUUUCCAACAUUGCUGAGCCGCACACAUUAAACAACCGUCCUUCCUCUAGUUUUUUGUCUUGCCAACGUAAUGUUACGCACACUAAACUAUGUGGGACAGACAGACGGUGGUAGGGGUCAAACACUACAAUAUUCUUCACUUGCCACGCUGUCUCGUGAAAACGAUGUGGUUUAGAUUGUUAACAACUAGAACGAGCUGUGGUUCAAAGCAGCCUAAACACAUUUUCAGUCAGAUAUUCACGCUUGCCAUACAAGUUGAAAUAUCUAGCCAAUACAUUUUAAAUUGAUUUACAUUGUCUGUGAACUUCGGAGCUAUAAUGAUUUGCCACUAACUUUGGUUAAAAGUAAGUAUAAACGCAUACUAGUAGUAGUCAUCACUAACGCGACACGUCUUCAUCUCACUGGCAUCUUCUUUGGCAAGCUCUCAUUGACUAUUGCUGAUUACUGUUCUCAAAACUUGUCGUUGCACAUCUCACACUACAAGAGCAUUGCAGAUUUUGUGCGAAUAAAAUUAAACGUUUGAAAAUAUCGGGAUGGCUCAAAGACUGGAUCAGUAUCAGUCGCUCUCAGAUUUUGGUAGCCCUCAGACGGCCGCGCUCCCCGAGUCGGCAACGACAGGAGACAAAAUCCCAAUAUCUCAAGAACUUGUCUUGGACAGCUAAAUCGCACCAAAAUCAUGUAGUGUACGCCCAGCUUUAAAGGUGCAAUAUGCAAAAAUCUCUCUGCAAUGUCCUGAUUGUUAAACUGAAAUUAGGCAAACUAAUAGAAUUGCAUGUGACAAAACAAGCAAUGCAUAAUGUAUAGAAUCAUUGUACCAUCUAAACCACUGUGAAAUAUAUUUUCCAGAACCAAAUAUAUUGUAUUUUCAGCACUUUGAAGCUGGUGUUCGGGAAGCGUAGAAAUAGCGCACAUAGAGCAGAUCUACCGCUUCUUAGACUUGCUUUCAAUGAGAAUGACAGAUCUAUAACUCACAUUUCUAUGUGAAUUUGGUCGGGUCGCCCAAAACGUUAUAUAUUGCAGCUUAAAGAUAUGAGUUUGCAAAUUAAAUAUGUGAACUAGAGUUAGAACUGUUACAAGGGCUAAGAUUAACUGAUUACAGUGUUACUGAAAAUAACAAUUUGCAAUAAAGCUCUUUUUGAUUGGG